AACUUAGGAUAGAAAUCCAAAUUGAAGAUGCAGUUAAUGCACCCAAUCGGUUUAUGUAUAUACAUGGUAUGACAGCUUUGAAUAGACACCUCAGUUAAAAACCCAUCUCUCUCUCGUUCUCGCUCUAUCUUGCUCUCUGCUGUUUCUCUCCAACCCCAAAUGGCUGCCAAUGAAGGUCCCAAAUUUGACUAUGAAGUGUUUGAAGGUUUGGAACCACUAGACCCAAAUCUCCCAUGGGACUACUACCCAAACGACACUACAGCUGAAGAAGGGUCCAAAGAAGCGGUGGUGGUAUCACCCAUGGAGAAGGAACCACCUUCAACAGAACAACAGCUACCACCACCAUCACCAGUGGUUGACAAAGAGAUGUAUGCAUCUAAAGAAAUGGUGGUGGUAUCACCCACGAAAAAGGAUCCAUCUCCAGCAGAACAACAACUACCACCAUUGUCACCUGUGAUAGAUGAAGAGAUAGAUGCAUCUGAGGAUGCAGUGGUGAUAUCACAGGUGAAGAAUGAACUGUCACCUGUGGUUGAUCAAGAGAUAGAUAGAUCUGAAGAAACAGCAAUGGUAUCAACGACGAAGAAUGAACUACCACCUGUGGUUGAUCAAGCGAUAGAUGCAUCUGAAGAAGAAGUGGUGGUGUCAUCCAUGAAGAAUAUACUAUCACCAGUGGUUGAUCAACAGAUAGAUGCAUCUGAAGUGAUGGAGGUAUCAUCCGUAGAGAAGGAACCAACUUCAGCAGAACAACAACUGCCACCACUGUCACCUGUGGUUGACAAAAAGAAAGAUGCAUCAGGUUCAAGGUCUAGAGGGAGGCCAAAACGUGAGCUAAAAUGGCCAGAUUGGUUGCCACGUGACUGGCACAUACAAACGAAGAAAAGAAAAUCAGGGCAGAUUGAUAAGAAGAUUUUUAGGGUUCUAUGAAGAUGCAGAGCUACAAUUUUAUUUUCUGUUGAAUAUAAUUUCGGUUACAAAAUUUAGACAGCAAGAGCAAAGGAAAUCCAGGCUACUGUGUAUGGAUAGAGUCGGACUCUGCUGCCGUGGUAUCUUUCAUUCAAUCUAAAACUAUUUGAUGGUUUGUGCUCCAAAAGUGGAUAUACAUGCAGUCAUAUCUUGCAUUGAUUCCAAGGAAGAUAACUCACUGCUUCAAGGAGGCUAACCUUGUGGCAAACUAUUGGCAAAACAAGCUGCAAAGACUGGUGGUUCUAGGGAUAUGAUGAGCUUUCCUUCUCAUGUGAAAGUGAAAAUUGCUAACGAUGCAAUGGACUGUUCAAGAUUUAGAUUCAAUUAGUCUCAGGUUUCUUCUCUUCUUGCUAAUGGCAAUGCCGAAGGUGGGAAGAGAUUAACUUGAUUUUUUGCUGGUUAUUUUCGGUUUACUGUUUUUCUUGCUGGUUUUUUCUUUUUAAUAAUAUUGAUCUUUUAGCAAAAAGGUUACAAAAUUUAGACUGUCAACCAUGCAAAGGUGAAAGUGUAUGGACAAAGCUACAAUUACAGAACCAAAGAGCAUAUCAGGUUCUUGUAUGAGAA